AUGAAAUCAAUCGGCGUCUGUCUGCCAAGCAGGGGUGACUCUGCGAAACAUGCCGCGAGUCAGGCUCUGGCUGCUACCAGUAGAAGCAUCGAGAAGACAGCGGCAAGUCCUUCUCCGGAACAGGCGCAUGUGAUGGGCGUGGAAUCUGUAGUGGAGGGGGUCGAAUGGAAUCUAAGCACGGAGCAGCUCCAGGCGUUUCGAGCCUCGGGGUCACAUCUUCUACGGAGAAAGUACGUUUCGAUCGGCCGAGACGAACACCAGCGGUUCUUCGUAGCGGAGCUCUCAGCAAUCGUUCGGGUAGUCUCCUUAGACACGGGUGGUAGCGCCGAGGGAGCUCGUACUGCCUCAGGAAGGAGCGAUACGCCUUCGCUUGACUUUCAGCGGACAACUUCGGACCCUGCCAAUGGAUGUGAGGGAGGAUCGUCACACGUUGACGCCGCUACGGCUAUGAACGGAUGUACGCUCACGAGCAUCGAGGCCCGAAGCGGCAGCAGCAGCGCUCUUGAAGAAUCAGAACACCGAGUUCACGUUCCGCGAGCACCACCGCCCCUGCCCGAUAUCGCUUCAGGGCGUGCUCAUCUAGACCCCGGGUGUACUGCUGCCUCAACCGACGGAAGGUGCUACCACCAACGCCCCGCAGCGCCAGCGGUGUUUGCGCUAGAUCUCACGCACUCGGAGGUCGAUGCGCUGGUCGGGCCGAGCUUGGCGUGGAAGGAUCCCUUCAAGGAAGGUAGCGAUACCGUCCGCGACCUCGAGGCUACCAGCUGGGCUGCUUGCUUGGCCUCCCUCUGCAGACGACUGCGGGCCACCGCGAAGGCGGUGGAUGCUGGAAGAGAGGGGACGCUUGAUGGCCGGCCACCGGUGGUGGGGAAGCAGGCGUUCGCCUCAGACAACACGGCCAGGUCGACCGGCGUAGACCCGUUGGUAGGACCGUCCGACCCGAGCGAUGAUCCAUCAGCAUUAAACGAAGAGCGUCCGCAACAGCGGAGCCUACGAGAGGAGUUGCCGGUGAACACCGCCAUCGGGGGUCAGGGGUCCCCGGUGCCUACAACCGCGAAGAAAAUAUUCUCAGCCGUCUCGCCCUGGGACGGGGACACCGUUAGCCUCGAUGAGUCUCAGAACAGGCAAGCUGUCCAAGCCCUCCCUCUGCUGCGCCGGAAGCCAGCCAGGCGCAAGACCGGGGAGGACUUGUUUUGGCUUGACAAGACGAUCCUUAAGGUCGGGGCGCGAGUACCCUGGGGUCGCUUGUACAGAGGGAGGUUUGCGAAGAUGCUUUUCACGGUGAGCCUAGGGAAAGGCUGUCGCGGCUUGGACUUUGUCGCGACCAGCAACAGCCCCAUGGCAGACCCCAUGCUGAGAGGGUGCUGGGAGUGCCAGGCGACUGACCGCGAUCUCGCAAGGUAUCUAAGCCCGGGGCGGUGCGGUGCCGUUGAAGGAGAAACCCGCCGGCGAGUCAGACGCGAUUCGUAUGACCCCCAGCGAUGCGCCGCCGAGCUACACGAAAGGGGAGAGCUGGUGUGGGCUUGCGCCGAGAUAGCGCGAAAGGCUUUCCGGCUGGUGAUGGUGGUUCCCGGAGGGGUUGUUCUGUCGCUUGCUGGCGCCGCUACUGCGGGAGGGAGGGAAGUGGCGUGGCCUCAGGAUGUCGAGGAGGACAGAGCACUGAUCAAGGCCUCGAUCGAGUUGCAACGAUGGUGGCGAGGGUGCAUCAGCCGGAAGCGCACUCGGUGGCUUCGCAUAGAGCGCGAGGGAAUGCGACGCUUGUCCCGACUGCGAGAACAGGCCGUAGCCGAGAAGAAGAAGGCGGAAUUGGAGGCGAAAGCAAAGUUGUUGCUUGAAGAGGAGAGGCGAAACCGGGCACAGGUUGUGUUGGCAACCGCAGCGAGGGUUCGAUUGGCAAGGAAGGAGGUUUCCCGCCGACGAGCUGAGCAAGCAGCACCUCAGUGCGAAGUCGAUCGAGAUGUGGCCGCUGAACGGGAAGAAGCCGCCAACUCGAUACCGCCACGCCAGGUUGAAUUACCCGCUACGACAGCCGAUGAUGUUGUGGUAUCAGGAGGGAUCGCCAGCGACGAUCCUGAGGUCGGCAUAAGUGCUACUGACACGGCGCCUGGUCUAGCUCGUCUCGAGACGGUGGUGACGAUCGAUGGCACAGAAGUACAUUUGACCGCUCAUGUUAAGGAGGUCGUGGGUACCGACGCCGCCAGGGGAAGUGGGGGCGGAGGCAAAGACAGCAACAAGCCACUCGAGAUGUUGCUUGUGGCCGUCGACAAAAAAUCCCGCAGGUCUUCCAGACUAUCUCUCAAAGCCCCCGAUAUCACCGAAAUUGUUGCUUCUCAUCACGGCGGCGGCGCUGGCGGCGGUGGCGGCGGUGGCGGCGGUGGCGGUGGGGGCGUCAGGACCAGCACGGGAGUCCAAGGAGCCCUGCGGGCGGUGGUGAAAAAGCUGACCGUGUUUAACAGCAGGAGGAAAGACCUGUUUAUUCUGUCGUACAAGGGAAAGAAAGUCACCGCACCGCACUGA